UGAUAAACCAGUUAGGAUUGGCUGAUUGAAGAGAGUUACGGUACGGAGAUACACGGAGCUGCGACUUUGCUGAUAGGUUUUUUGCUGAAGCGGGAGAUAUUAAACGGUCCAGGAAAGAUCAAGAGAUCAAAUUAGCCGCUGAUUCAGAUGAAUAGUACAACUUGGUGAUGAAUUUUGAUAGAUUUAAUCCUCUAUCGAGUUACCUAUCCAACAAUGGGGUUGAGGUUAGUGAUUGGGGGAUUGAAGAGUCGACGACGAUGUCGUCGCCGACGUUAUCGAACCAAAAUAUGAAUUUUAAUUCAAAUCCAAAUUUACCGCCUCCUCCUUCAUUGAAUCACUUGAUAAGCAAUUCGAAAUCUCAGCAUCCAAGUGCUAAGCAUUUCCAUCAUUAUGGAUUGGUUUCGCCGUCCUCGAUCUAUCCUAUCGAUCAGGAUUUUGAUAAUAGAGAUUUCAUGUAUUAUUAUGCGAAAUAUAAUCCUCAGCCGUUAGUGUCGAAUACCGAGAAUAUUGAUAAAUUUAUCAAGAAGUAUCUUUGUUUAAAUAAUGUUAAUGGAGAGUUUGUUGAAAGGUUCAAGUAUAAUUUGAUAAUAUCAGAUUUAUUGGAUGAUUCAAUGAUUUUAUCUAAAAAUGAAGCUUCUUUAAACACUUUGAUGUUGAACGAUGUUAAAAAUUCUAAUAGCUCAUUUCCAACUUUGAUUCGUGAUUUGAAUCAUGAUGGAACUGAAUUACUCAUUUAUCAAAAAAACUUUCGAUUGAAGUUCCCCGAUAAUUUAAGUAAUCCUUCCUUAAUAUUGACUUGCAUCUCAUUGAUAAUCUUUUUAUUAAAACAGAAUUUAAAAAAUUCACAAUCUAAAUUAUCGCAUGCAUCUAAAUUGAAAAUGUUUAAAAUUUUAUUAAUAGCGGCUACUAAAUUAAUCAAUUAUAAAAGAAUCAAUUCCGUUAUUCAAUCGAAAAAGAUUUUAAAUCUCUUAAAUGAGUUCUUAAUUUCAAAUUAUAAAAUUAAUAAGAAAUUAAUUGUUAAUUUAAUCAAUUUGAAAGAAUUGGAUUUGUUUAAAUUCAUGAAUCCAAAAAAUCUGAACUCCACAAUCUUAAAACAUCAUAUUGAAGAAUUGAAGCAUCAUUUAGAUUACUCAUUGUCGUUUUUGAUAUUUAAUUUGAAAAAUUCAAUCAUUAAAAUUUUACCAUUUUUAAAUGGUGAAAUUUUAGAGAAAUAUUGUCAUGUUAAUAAUAUUGAUAUUAAUAACUUGUUAUUGAGUGAUUUCGAUGAGGAGAUUAUCGAUGAUUCUUUAAAUGACUCUCAAAAAACCAUUUAUCGUUUGACUAUAAAAAUGAAUAAAUUUAACCAGUUAAGAAAACUUUUAAUAAGUCAAUUACUCACCUUCAAUGAACCAUUUCAUAAGAAUUUCUUUCUUUGUAAACUUUGGGAUCAUUUUAAUAUCAAUGAAACUGAAAUCCAUGAAAUCAAUAAAAAUAUUAUCUUUUUCGAAAAAUUGAAUGUUUUGGAAAAUAUAUUUAACGAUCAUAAUUCAACAGUGAAUAACUUUAAUAUGAUAUUUGAAAAUUUUGAAAAAUUAGCUAAAAUGAAGUUAGAGUCUUUCAAUUAUCAAAACCCAAAAAAUGAAGAUUUGAAAAAUCAAAAUGUUUUGAAAAUUAAUAAUGACCCAUCUGAAAUAAUUCAAAUUGAUGAAUCAAAUAUAAAUAAUUUGAUUUCUAAGUUAUCUAACUUAACUACAAAUUUAAAAUUUUUCAAGAAAUAUAGUCAUUCAAUUUCAAAUAUGGAUAAUAUCGAUGAGUUUAAUGAAAAGUUGAUGAUUUUUAACCAAUUUAAUGAAGAAAUCAAUCUAAUAAAAGAAAUAUAUCAAUCGAACUUGAAUGAUUUACAAAAUGAAUUAUAUCAUAAAUUUGAUGAAAACUCGAAUCUUAAUUCUCCUUCUUCCAGCAUAUCCCAAAAGCAUAAAUCGAAUUCAAGUAUUAAUAGUAAUCCUGAUUCGAAUCAACCAUUUAAUUUAAAAUCAUUCCACACAACUACUUCCAACUCUAACACUUCUACCUCUAUUAAAAAAAGGUUCUCAUUACCCGCUCAUACAAAUACUAAUAAGAAUAUUACGCCUGCAUCAAGUCCCAUUAUUCCACAAACACCUGAUUCAUCUUUACCCUCUAAAUAUCCUAAUAGUAGGGUAAAUGAUGGAACUUCUCCAAGCCUCAACUCAAACGACAAAAAAUAUAAACGCUUAUCAACGGGUUUACAACUUGGUUUAUUAACUGUUUUUGAAGAACCAGAUAAAAACGGUGACCAAACUCGACUGUCUACUUCUUCAACGCAUCGUAGGACAACUUCAAAUACUUCGAUCAUGUCAGCAUCCGCAAACAAGCUAGAUAGGCCAGCCUCGAUUCAUCCCAAUAAUGAUAAACGCACAGUAUCUUAUGACGAUAACUACAUUAAUAUAUUACCACCGAAUAACUACGAGACUUAUAAUCAGGCUACUUUCGACUCAUUAACUAAGAGAAUAAACUUGAGAAACUCUGGUUUCAAUAAUAGUAAUCAUAAUUCAAAUAGAUUUUCGAUGAACUCCUUAAAUUCAAAUAUAAGUGGGUUAAGUGAUCUUCUAACUUCAACUCAAAUAACAUCAUUUGAUGAUGACGAUGGUACGGUCAAUGGCAAUGGUAUUCAAACUGUAAAUAAUGCAGGUCAUUUAUCAAAAGAAGAACUUAAAUCAAGAUUGGAAGAAAGUUUUAAUAGAAUUUACAAUUUAGAACAUGAAAAUGAAACCUUAAAGUCACGAAAUAAUACCAAUGAUUCAAAUAUAAUUUCUCCCGAUUCAACAAUCAACAAACCGUCUUUGGCGAAUCUAAAUUCGGACCACAUCGCGGAGUCAUCAUCAAAUGAUGUUGAAAAUGAGUUUCUCACAAGUCAUAACGAUACCAAUAAGAACCAUACUUUUCUAGAUCAACUAGAAGAGACAUUGAACAACAAAGUAGAGUCUGGAUCCGCUUUAUCAUAAUUCCAAGUGUAUUUUUUUAUUUUUUACUUUUUUUUAUCUUUAGCUUUUAUUUAUUCCCUCUAGAUUUCAUUUUAUU